GAGAGAAAAUGGAGAAUCCUCAGGGUCAGAGUAGAAACAAGAAAAAGAGGCUAACACAAGAGCAAGUUAGAAAACUGGAGAAAUGCUUCACGUUGAACAAUAAACUCGAUCCAGAUCUCAAGCUUCAACUUUCCAACACGUUAGGGCUACCUCAGAGACGAGUCGCAGUCUGGUUCCAGAACAAGCGAGCAAGGUCCAAGACUCAGUCUCUCGAGCUCCAGUACUGCAAUCUCCAGUCCAAGCUUGAAGCAGUUCUCUCCUAUAAGGCAAAGUUAGAACAUCAAGUGCAGUUUCUCCAAGAUGAGCUGAAGAGGUCUAGAAAUCUGCUUGCUCUGUUCACGCAUCAAGAUUCUCCUGUGGAUGAUUCUAAUCUUGGUUCUUGUGAAGAAGGUAAUGAUAAUCAAGUGGUGGUCUUUGACGAGCUUUAUGAUUGUUUCGUUACAAAUG